CCCAGCGCCUCCUAGGAGGUGCGGGCAGCAGAGGCGGCGGAGGUUCGGUUUGAGAUGCCGUUACACACAACUGGUGUUCUGAGGUGUUCUUCUACCACUUCCAACAGGUCAAGGAAUAGGACUCGCUAUCGGACCAAAACCAUGAGCUCUGAAGUAGAUGAGAGCCUCUUUGGAGGUAUCAAGCCCCUGGCCCAGAGUGGCAGACCCAUCGUGCUGCUCCGAGAUAAGCAUACCAUUCAGAAAACUCUCACUGCUCUGGGCUUGGACCACAAGCCGGAGACCAUCCAGCUCAUCACCAGGGACAUGGUUCGGAAACUCAUCGUUCCCACCAAGGAUCCCUCUGGGGAGUCCCUUAUCAUGAGCCCCGAGGAGUUUGAGCGGAUCAAAUGGGCAUCCCAUGUGCUAACCAGAGAAGAACUUGAGGCCAGGGAGCAGGCCUUCAGGAAGGAGAAGGAAGCCAUUAUGGAUGCAGUGACCACACGCAAGACAGUCAUGAAAGAGAAGGAAAUGGUUUGGAGGAACAACAAGAAGCUCAGUGACCUAGAGGAGGUGGCCAAGGAGAGGGCCCAGAACCUUCUACAGAGAGCCAACAAGCUGCGGAUGGAGCAGGAGGAGGAACUCAAGGACAUGAGCAAGAUCAUCCUCAAUGCCAAGUGCCAUGCUAUCCGGGAUGCCCAAAUCCUGGAAAAGCAGCUGAUCCAGAAAGAACUGGGUGCAGAAGAGAAGCGACUGGAUCAGAUGAUGGAGGUAGAACGGCAGAAAUCCAUUCAAAGGCAGGAGGAAUGGGACAGGAAGAGGAAGGAGGAAAGAAUACGAGGAAGACGGCACAUUGUGCAGCAGAUGGAAAAGAACCAGGAGGGGCGAUCACUACUUGCUGAGCAACGGGAGCAGGAGAAGCAGCAGCUGCUGGAAUACAUAGAACAGCUCCACGAGGAGGAUCUCAGGGACAUGGAACAAAGGCACCAGCAAAAACUGAAGAUACAAGCUGAGAUUAAGCGCAUAAAUGACGAGAGCCAGAAACAGAAAGCAGAGCUGCUGGCUCAGGAGAAGCUGGCAGACCAGAUGGUGAUGGAGUUCACCAAGAAGAAGAUGGCUCGAGAAGCAGAGUUUGAGGCUGAGCAAGAGAGAAUGCGGAGGGAGAAAGAGAAGGAGACCGCCCGCCUGAGGGCCAUGCAGGAGAAGGCCCAGGAUUACCAGGCAGAACAGGAUGCCUUGAGGGCCAAGCGCAACCAGGAAGUAGAAGACAGAGAGUGGCGCAGAAAGGAAAGGGAAAAUGUACUGAAGAAGAUGGAAACAGAAGCCAAACUGCGGAAAAGUCGUCUGGAGCAGGUGGCGUUCAAGGAGCACAGUCUAGCCGUUCAGGUGCAACGGGACCGGGAUGAGUUCGAGAGGAUCCUUCGGGCUCAGAGAGAGCAGAUUGAAAAGGAGCGGCGGGAGGAGGAGAAAAAGGCCACAGGGCGCUUACAACAUGCCAAUGAGCUCCGGCGCCAGGUGCGUGAGAACCAGCAGAAGCAGGUGCAGGACCGGAUCACCACCUUCGAAGAGGGCCGACGCCUCAAAGAGGAGGCCCAGAAGCGGUGUGAGCAUAUUAAAGACAUCAAGAAGAGAAUGAUUGAAGAGCUGAGAGCCACCGGCCUUCCUGAGAAGUACUGCAUUGAAGCUGAGCGCAAAGCUAACAUCCUACCAGCCACCUCUGUGAACUGAAGGGCACCUCCAAGCCCCUCCGGAUGUUUUCAGGGGAAGGUUCCAACUAGUCUCUGAGUGUCCAUGACUGCUGCUAACCUAGACAUUUUGAAGUUACAGAUUAAAUCUAUUCUACUUCUCUUGAGGAACAGCCCACCUUUCUUGUGCGGGGAUGUGGCUACAAUAGGAUACUGAACGUGGAGCAAAAUAGGUUACAGGAGACCCAAGUAUGGGUGCUGUGAUGUUCAGGGGCUGGAAAUGGGAGGAUGCUCUCCAUGAUCAUCCUAAGCCAUGUGGUCCCUUUGUUCUCGUGGCUCAUGGACUUUUUGUGAUCCUCUGAGAUGCUGUCAUGUCCAUUUUCAGCAUAGUGUAGUCUGUCUCUAUUCCACACCCAGCUCAGAGGCAUUUCAGGGCUGUGGCAAGGAGCUAGAGAUGUUCUCCAGGAGGGGCCUGGGCGAGGGCUGGGCUGGGCAGUGUGGGGUAGGAGGCACUGGACUGCCUGAGGCAGAGUUCUUACUGAGCUCACACCUGACUCAGACCGCAUCUGUAAAGGGGUGUUGUCUCAGCCCUCUCCUGCCAGAGACUUUCAACUCCGGACAGUGCCACAACAGAGACACCUGCCUGUCCCUCAUCAGGGCAAGCCCAGGGCCCCUCUCCUCACCCUGUCGGCCCAGUCCGCUCACCCAAAUACAGCUGCUUCACUCACUCCAGUGUCUGGCUUCUCCUCAGUCCACCACACUCCGACUAGUGGGGCUUCCCAAAGCCAUCGUUAUCUGUGUUAGUUUGCUUCACUUUUCCCCCAAGUACUCUUUAUUCAUUCAUUCACUCAUUCAAAUACUUCUUGAGUACCUACCAUGUGCUAGGUGCCUUUUAGGCAUUCAGUGAACACAGCAGACCUGAUUCCACCCUCACAGAAACUUUUCACUGUUCCAGUCUGCUUUUACUUUAUCCCCAUGAGAUGCUCCCAUCAAAUUUCUUGUACCUUUAGAAUAGUUUCAGAUCUUUUAGGGGGAUGACCCUGAUUAUUAAGCUUCCAUUGUGGGCUAAAGUACUAACUUCUAGGGGAUGGAGCCAUUCCCCAUUUGUGUAUACCUUGGAGGAACAGGGUUUCCAUCCAGCUCCCAUUGCUAAUGGCGCCCCAGCCGCCUGCCCCUAUGUUUCAUUUCCCAAAUUGAGCCCCGUAGUGUCUCCUUGGAUGGGUCCUAUACUAGAGGAGGCAUUGAACAGCUGCUGGGCGUGUCCUGGGUUUUUAUAGUACCAGGUUACAAGGGCCUCAGGCAAGAGUCCUCUUUUCAUAGGACCCAGGGAGAGUGGGCAAGCUGCUUCCUGUGCUUCCUCUUCUUCAGGACACUGCAGCUUCACCGGACACCUUCUCUACCUUUCCCAUCAGGGAAGACUAGCUCCACCCAGCCAGAUGGGCAGCCCCACCAGCUGCUUGGGAAAGAGGCUUUCUCAUCUUUUCUGCUUAGUACCUCCUACCUAGGGAAGUGCUACUGUUUUCCCUCGGGGUCUUAGAAAUAUUUGGUACCCAGCCUAGGAUGGGAGAGAAGACAUGGCAAUGCCACUGACCAUUCUGGCCCCCUUCCUCAGCUGGUUUACUUGUCUAGGUUUUCUCUGAGCAUCAUCUUUUGCACAGUUAGUACCUACAGGGACCAAGGAGUGAGCCCUUACCUGUUUCUGGGGACCCUCUUGCCAGGAAAGCCAGAAAGGAGUUUGUCCAGCUUGGAGUUUGUCAAGCCCUCUACCUAAGUCAUCCAUUUUGGGGCUGGGAGAAAUGGGCUUCCUUGGAGUGCAGGUCAAGGAGAAAAGGAGUUCCAUGCCCAUUGCUAACUUCUGAGCCCAUGUAGAAAAAAAUGAGCCAACUUCAUAAGUUGAAAGCAAAGCUAGCAUUUCACCUGAACUGCUGCUGGUGAAAAUGCAGGUCUGCAGGGCCUGGCUGAUCCUAAGGCCUAAUAGUGAGACCAUCUCAACAUGGCCUGGACAUGGUGGGGAUGGUUAUAGGUUACAUGAAUCAAGGUAUGGCUUCAGAGAUGGAGGAGUAUAGCCACCUCUGAGCAGGUGAAGAUGGUUUGGGAGAGAAUCUCAGAGUUCUGCCCUCAGGGUUGUCCCCCUCCAUGAAUUCUUAUAAUUGGGCCAUGAAGUGGAAGAGAGGUUCAAUUUCUUCUGUCUGGAUUCCUGAGAAGCUCUGCACAAGCUUCCUCGGGUUUCAGGAUUGGCCUGACUCAGCAGGAACUUUGUUUCUAGAAGUAGGACACUCCUGACAGCUAGGCCAACAGCUGGCUCUGAGGCUAGCCAGCCACAUCUGGGCAUCUUUUAUAAACUCGCCACUGCUCUCAAUCAGGAAUGGCAGUGGGGAUAAUUACAGGGAAAAGGUACCUGGGUAAAGGAGGCUGGUGGGUUCAGGCAUGAUAGUAGUGGC